GCCGGCGUGCGGGCGUGAGCGGGGCGCCCCGGCGUGUGGUGGCCGGCCGCGGUACGGAGAGCGCGUGCACUCGAGUGACCACUGAGAGGACUGCCGAUGGUAAUGGCGAUGAGCUGCUGGCAGCGACUCGCGAGGGGCCCGUUGAACGAGCGUCCCGUUUAGAGGAAAGUCGUGGUUGUGAACGCGGGCAACGUAUCAGAUGACGAUGACCUGCGAGAUCCCGGUGUGGGUGAACGGCGUGGAGAAGUGGGUGACGGGCGUGGGCCGGCGCACCACCUGCGCCGACCUGGUGCGCGCCCUGCUCACCACUGAGCUCGGCGCCGAGCCGCCCUCCGAGGCCGAGCUGCGCGCGCACGGCCUGGUCGAGCGCUGGCGCCAGGUGGAGCGGCCACUGGACGCCGGCGCGCGCAUCCAGAAGGUGUGGCGCACCUGGGGUCAGGACACGGCCGACGUGCGCUUCACGCUCAAGCGGCUCAGCCCGCUGACGCCGAAGGAGGUGAAGACGCCGCGGCGGCGGCACUCGCGCCACCGCUGGCGCAGCUCCAGCAGCCUGGAGGCGGUGCACCCCCGCAAGCUGGCGCCGAAGGCCGACGCCGAGGGUGCGGCGCGCCCCGACGUGGUCGAGCGGCUCAUGCAGACGAUCCUGGUGCAGGGCGAGACGAUCGCGGCACAGCUGCGCCGGCUGCACGAGCGCGAGGACCUGAUCGGCUACUACGAGCACAAGAUGCACCGCAUGAGGGAGGACCGGCUCGGCUCCGACUACCUGCUCCGCACGUACCUCCGCGACGGCGAGCCGGCCGAGGCGGAGAAGGCGAGUCACGACAGCGGUGUGGGCGCCGAGCUGACGGCCGAGAUCGAACAGAACGAACGCUCACUUAUCGAGUGCGAGCGCGCGCUCGAGGACAAGCGCCGCUUCGUGCGCUACCUCGAGUACGAGCUGGAUGAGGCGGACGCGGACGAGCAACGACUGUUGGCGGACGAACAGCGGAUGCUAGAGGACGAGCGCCUCAGCUCGUUACACAGCAGCAGCGACGAGGCGGCGGCCGGCUACGUGCUGGACACGCUCGUGUAG